AUGCAAAAUGCCAGAGACCUUGGCGCAGCGGCAUUUGCACACCAAAUACGUUCCAUUCUCAGAACAGGCCGCAAAUUCAAGCCCCCGCCGCUACUGCCAGCUCUGACCACGGAGCAAGGGACCUGCCAUACCGCCGCUGAAGUCAAGGCCACGUUGGGGGCCUUCUUUGCGCUGGCAGAACGUGGGCAACAGGUCGAUGCCGAGCCAUUCCUGGCGCAGGCCGCGCGCGAGCAUGGCAGCUCUCUGUGCUCAAUUGACGGGGCGGCGGUGCCAUCUGUCGUGGAGCUCUCCGCCGCCUUCGGACAGCUUGCGCGCGGUAAGGCCCCGGGACUAUCGGGACUGCCGGCUGACCUGUUUAGGAUGGCUCCGCAGGCCUCAGCGGCCGCCGUUUGGCCGAUCCUUGCCAAGGCCUUGACCAGCGGCAGGCACCCCCUGCAGUGGACUGGAGGCCUUGCUCACAGUAUACCGAAGGGGGCAAAAGACCCUUCGUGCUGUGCUUCGUGGCGGUCAAUCAUGCUGCUAGAGGCGGACGCCAAGGCCGUGCAGAGGGCAUUUCGCCCAAAGCUGCUCCAAGUCUUUUGUCAGGGGCGCCCAUUCGAUCAAUAUGGCGGUGUGCCAGGGUGCCCGCUCACAUUGCCGGCGUUCCUUGCUCGCUCACACUUCGCCGCGCUUCGUGCCAAAGGAGAGUGCGGUGGUAUUCUUUUCUUGGACUGUACUGCGGCAUACUACUCUGUCGCAAGGGAAGUUCUGGUGACGCCUUCCAAUGUCGCGACCCCCUCAUGGCUGGUCGACCGUGCCAACCAGCUCUUCCAAGACCCGCUUGAGAAGCAGGCCUUCCUCAGUCGGCUCGGAGAGGGCUCCAUUCUGGAGCAGGAGCACGUCCCUGCGGAACUGCGGCGGUACGUCGAAGGCCUUUUCACCCAAUCCUGGUUCACUACCGACCGCGAAGGAGUGUACCUCUGGCAGACGCACAGUGGUACGUCACCUGGGUCCCCCAUUGCGGACACCCUUUUUGGCAUACUCUUCUCGCCUUUCCUUUGCCGCCUUCAACGGGCGCUCUCAGAGGCAGGCCUCCCCGCUUUUGUCUGUCGCCAGCCCAAAGAGGGCGGAGGAUGUGGGCGUAAGGAUGUCUCCAGCAGCCCCACGUGGGCGGAUGAUGUGGCGGUGCUCUUCAGCGCGCCAAGUGCAGCGGCGACGCCUGAAGCGCUGGCUGCGGUAGCAAAGCUUGCAGAGGAGUUGGUUCAAGGCAUUGGGCUUCAGUUCAACUACGGGCCAGGCAAAACGGAGGCCGUCCUUGCUUUGCGGGGGCACGGAGCCUUGCCUGUUAGGAAACAGCUCUUUAGCCAAGACUGCCCACACGUCCAGGUUGACACUGCACAUGGCCGCGCACUCCGAGUCCGGGUAGUGGAAUCGUAUGUGCACCUGCGGGCGGUCUUGAAGGCCGACUGCCAUGAGUAUCCCAACCUGAAGCGGCGCUACGCACUGAUGCAGGAAGUCUGGCAGCCGCUGCGGCGCAAGGUGCUCAGCAACCCGUAUGUCACAGUGGCCGAGAAGCUGCGUCUCAUCGCAGAGAGGGUAUUUACAAAGUACCUUUUUGGCGCAGGGCUCUGGAGAUUGGAGACGGCCCACGAGCAGCAGGCAGCCCUUGAGCCUUUGUCCCAGGUAUUACGCGGAGCACUUCGCCCCGUCCUUGGGAUCUCACAGCAGGGGUACAACACGGAACAGGCCGCGGCCAUGCUGGGACUGCCGCUCCCACGGGAGCUGUUGCUCGCAGAACAAGCACGGUCCAUUCUCGAGGCAACGGCGAUCCCCGCAAUCCAGGUGUGGGAGGCUGCUGUGGCAGAUGGUGUAUGGCUGCGACAGGCACGCGAGGCCCUGGCGGAAGUGGUGCGAGCUACCAAAUCUGCCUGCGUGGACCCUGCUUUCAUUAUUGGCGCGGACCUGGCGCGCCUGCUUACGGCCUUGCGCGGACAUAAGCAAUGCCUACACAACCUUAUUCGACGUUUCCUGCGAGGAGUUGUGGAGGCUCGUGCAGAGUUUGGACGUGGUUUGCGUGAAGCCCACUCCACAGAUGUACAAUACAUCCCACAGCGGGUGGCCACGACGCAGGGCGAUCUUGAUGACGGCUGGAUAUGUGGCAUUUGUGGCGCAGCGCAGCCUACCCAGCGACUGCACGCGCUGCACAAGUGGCAGCGCCACGGCAUCCGCUCUGAGGCUUCCACUGUCGCUUUUGGCACACGAUGCGAGGUUUGCUGUACAGAGUUCUGGGACAAGUUUCGACUCAGAGAGCACCUGAAACAACAGGGCCGGUACAGAGUACACUCCCUCGCCAUCAACAUGCUUGGCGACCUGCCAUCCAAGUGGAAGGCCCCAGACCUUUUUGGGCGCAUUUGA